AUGAUCGAGCACUGCCACUGCCGUGUAUCACAAAACCCCAGCAGGAACAAGAUCCUGACAUACUCCACAGCACCAGAGAUGAAGAGAGGCAGCACUCGUGUUGCUCAGCUUGCUGCUCUUACCAUCCUGCUGUCGUGGAUCGUCGUCUCCUCUGUCGCAUCAUCGGAGUCGGAGGCCCCGUUACAAGUCGGUUACUACAGCCGCACUUGCCCACGGGCAGAGGAUCUCAUCCGCAACGUCGUCCACGCCGCCAUCCGCCGUGACCCCGGCAAUGGACCAGGCCUCGUGCGCCUCUUCUUCCACGAUUGCUUCGUCAGGGUAAGCAACAAGCCCGUUGGCAUGCAUCUACUCAAACAGAUCAACUCUAGCCUCUAG